AUGGAUUCAGAAGAAUGCGAUUACUCUUCUGAUAGUGAAUUUAUAAACAAAUUGAAAAAGAAACGUGGAAAGUACUUCCAAAAUUAUACAGAAGAUGAUAUAAAAAACGCAAUUCAAAAAGUAUGUGAAGGAAUGAGAUUAGCUGAAGCUGCAGAUACGUUUAACGUUCCUAAAAAAACUUUAUGGAAUCGAAUUAAUAACAAAUCGAGCAGUAGACAUGGAUUUGAAGCGGUUCUCGGAAAACAAGUUGAAGAGUAUUUAGCAAAAUGGAUUGUUCAUUGGAAAUCAAAAGGAAAUCCUCGAACCAAAAAUCAAAUUCUUGAAGCAGCUUCUCGUUUGUCUCAACUCAAUCCAGACUUUAAGAAAAGGUUUAAACAUGGAAAGCCUUCAAGUAAGUGGUUAAGAAAUUUCUUGCGAAGACAUGCAGAAGCAGGAGCUUGGAAGAAGAAAAAUACAGACGAUGAAAAUAAUAUUCCCAAUAUACCUUCACUGCCACCAUCGCUAUCACCACCACCAUCACUUCCUGUAAUUCUUUCUGAGUUAACUCAGGAUCUAGAAAAACUUGAGCGCGCAUGUAUUGCUGAACACCGAGAAGAGCUAAUAUUCAAUGUAAAAAUUAUGCAGCAGCAAGUAGAUUUGGUAAAGAAAUCAAUUGAUCCUUUGAUCGAUACAAUGCAGGAUGAUUCAUAUUUGUUUCUUCAGGAGAAAGAUACGGAAAACCCAUAA